CGUGUGUCUUUAUCCGGCUUCCAAAGCGGGGCGCGGCAUAACUACACCGCUAGCACCUGCUUUGCGCGCUACACGGACACAGUGCGGUCAUCGCCUGUGAAGGCACAUAUGUGUCCAUGAAGUGCUGAUGUAGGUUCAUGGAGCAUUUAAGCCUCUUCAGUCCCUUCAGCAUCACCGUCCCUAUCACAACAAGUGUGGCACGUCCCUCUAGCUACCCCACACGACCCCACCGCCGUGUCCGCGCGCCGCACUUCCCAUCCAUGCCCAUGCACCAGCACCCAGCGUCCAUUAGUAAGGCCUCGGACACCCAGCUGUCCACUGGUCUGCGGGUCGGUCUGGUGCCUGCCUUUCCCCUGACUCAUGAGGCCACUGACCCAUGCUGAAGGCUAGAUACGGUGCACGAGGGGGAAGCAACAAGAGGGUUGUACGAGCUGACCGGUGUGCGGAUGCCUGGUAAGGUGGCCCAAAGCGCGAGAUAUUGAGGAUGUCACCUGAGUGCAGAGAAACGAUACGAACAUUGAAUGCGCCACGGUGAACUGCUGGAUAGCUUCAUUGCCAGGGCCGUUUAAAGGGGACAGGGGAAGGCUCGCAGCAGGUUGUCAGGCUCUACGUACGAGCGUGACAGGUACCUGAAGGGGAGAUCCGUGGGGGGAGUGGGGAUGUGAUUUAGGUCUGGUUUCUUGCUCGGCGCUGACCGGCGCUGGUGAGGUAGCUCAAGGGACGCGAGACUUGGACAGCUGACAGACAUUCGCGAAUGCCCUGAUACUAGUGUUGAUUCGGUUAGCAAGAGAUGUAACCCCAGGUCAUG